CAGGCGUCAUCAAAUAAAUAAUUCGGAGAGGGCUUGAUGUAAAUUCAAUUAGCUAAUGUGUGACGAGACCGGGCUAAGUGUUCACGCUUUUUUUCUCUCUCUCUUCUCUCUCGCCCACAGUCGACCAGGACGUGCCUACGGAAAGAUCCGACCGGACAAGUCGAGUCGGGUCGAACAUUGUCUUCUUCUCUGAUACGGAGGUGUGGCGGAGGAAGAAGGCAGGAUCGCGCCCUGCUGCACACUCAGGUUUCCUGGGCGCCACCGUGGCAAGUUUGUGUAACUCGCCUCCGAGCAGAGCGCAGUGUGAGACCAUGACUGUCCGUCUAGCCGAGCGGGCCUGAACCUCGCGGCCCGCAGUUCCCCGAACGCCAGCGUUCCAUCAGUCCGAGGAGUCCUGAGUUUUCCAUUACAGCAGUCUCGGACCGGGAGGAGAGGACGGAGUACGCCAUGCCGUUCGGAGGCUUCGACUCGCUGAAGGAGAAGGUGCUGACCCCAUGGAGCGAGAAAGACCCCAUCGCAAAAGUCAAGUCGCCGAUUACAAAGGCGUUUAAGAAAGACACGGACGAGAAGGGGCUGGUGACGCAUGAUGAGGCCCAGGCUCAGCACGAGGAGGACCACCCGGAGCUGGCCGCCCUGCCGCCGGGGGAGGACGAGAAGCGGCCCGGCCUCUGCGACCGGACUCCCUGCGCCAACUUAACGAAACGAUAUCAGAUCGCAAUUCUGUCGUGUAUUGGGUUCAUAAUUUCGUUCGGGAUUCGUUGUAACAUGGGCGUGGCAGUGGUGGACAUGACCAAUAACGUCACAGUGCACGUGGGAGAAGGGGAGAAGCCGCACAUCCAGAGGGCCGAGUUCCACUGGACACCUGAAGCCAUCGGCAUCAUCCACGGCUCCUUCUUCUGGGGAUACAUCGUCACUCAGAUUCCUGGUGGUUACCUAGCGACCAGGUUUCCCGCCAACAGGAUAUUCGGUCUGGCCAUCCUGUCCACAGCCUCGCUCAACAUGCUCAUCCCCGCCGCCGCCAAGGUGCACUACGGAUGCGUCAUCGCUGUCAGGAUACUGCAAGGACUGGUGGAGGGCGUGACCUACCCUGCCCAGCACGGCAUCUGGAGCAAGUGGGCCCCUCCCCUGGAGAGGAGUAGGCUCGUCACCAUGAGCUUCUGCGGCUCGUACGCAGGAGCCGUGGUGAGCAUGCCCCUGUCGGGCCUUCUGACGGACUACGCCGGCUGGCCAUGUCCGUUCUACGUUUACGGUGCGGCAGGAAUGAUAUGGUUCAUCGCUUGGAUGCUGAUCGCCUACGAGAGCCCCGCCGCCCACCCCACAAUCACUCAGGCUGAGAGGAUAUACAUUGAGGACAGUAUAGGCGGGUCCACAAAGCGUACCCUUGAUAUGAAGACUCCGUGGGCGAAAUUCUUUACUUCCAUGCCAGUGUACGCCAUCAUCGUGGCCAACUUCUGCCGCUCCUGGACCUUCUACCUGCUCCUCAUCUCACAACCAUCCUACUUCGAGGAGGUCUUCGGCUUUGACAUCUCUCAGGUCGGCAUCCUGAGCGCCCUGCCUCACCUGGUGAUGACGUGCAUCGUGCCGAUGGGCGGUCAGCUGGCUGACUUCCUGCGGCGCCGCAGAAUUCUCAGCACGACGAACGUUCGCAAGAUCUUCAAUUGCGGAGGGUUUGGAAUGGAGGCGGUAUUUCUGCUCAUAUGCGGAUACAGUAGCAGAAAUACGGCAGUCGCUAUUGUCUGUUUGACUAUUGCCGUCGGCUUCAGCGGAUUCGCUAUCUCCGGCUUCAAUGUGAACCAUCUUGACAUUGCUCCCCGUUGGGCCUCCGUGCUGAUGGGUAUUUCCAACGGAGUCGGCACUCUGUCAGGCAUGAUCUGUCCAAUCAUCGUCAGCACAGUCACUAGACACAAGAACGCGAGGGAAUGGCAGACAGUCUUCCUCAUCGCAGCCAGUGUCCACUUCGUCGGUGUGAUCUUCUACGCUUUCUUCGCUUCUGGCGAUGUCCAGCCUUGGAACGAUGACAUCGACGGGUUAAAUGGAGAGAAAUACAAGGACAUCGAUAAGCAGACGAUCGUUGACAAAGACGAGUGCGCCCUGACUGCGGAAGAGGGGAUGGGCACGUAUGGAGCAUGUGACAGUGACAUCAUCCCGAAGAGCAAAGAGGAACUGGUCCAGGUACCAGCCAAGGACACAUAUCUCCAUGGAGAGCCAGACGACCGAGAAUUGCGAUGACGUAUCGGAAUAUUCCACGUAGAAGUGUUAAGAACAUCGGUUCUUUAGUAUUUCGAAGGUUCGAUUGUUGUGAAAACUAGCAAUCAAGGAUCAAUUGAAGUAUAUAUAGGGACAUCAACUGAUGAAAAAGAGAUUUUAAGAACAUGACAACCACAGAUAUACUCUAGAUUCAAGAUAUUAGGGCUCUCAAGUCUCAAGUCUCACCCUUUGUCUUAGACGAGACCUAGGCCUUCUCCGGGAGGAACGGUAGUGAUAUCAUUAUACUCAUAAUCCAUGUAAAAGUGUUGACCAAUGAAACAGUCUCCAUUUGAUGUAGGUGACUCCCAUUGGUUAAAAGAUGUCGUGCGUCCAAAGUGUACAUAACAUUAUAAAGAAAAAAGAGUCCUCCAAGCAAUAGAACAUUUGUUCAUGGGCGUGCGGUAUUUUCGGACGUCUUAUGAUGUAGGGUGUAUAAACAAAACUAAAAACAAGUAGAGCAGACUUGAUGUAGAUUCCAAUGUACAUAGUAGCACAGUUACUUCAGAAACGUUCCGCAGGCCCAAUGCGACAUGCAUAAUUAUUAUAUACAUCAUGCACUGGGAACUUUUCUGAAGGAGUUUUUCGACGCCAGUCCUGUCGGAGAGAGUUUUACAGCGCGCAUACAAUAGCGCUUGCCUGUGACGUUCGCAAAGUGAUAGAAAAUCAGAAAUAUGCAAUGUUCUUCUCAGCAGUUAAGGUGUUCUAUUGAUGGUCGAGCCAUAAAUGUUGCAAACUCGUAUCGUAGAAGCACUUCUGAUAUGUAGGCUGUGAGCUGAUGUUCAUGUCGAUGACGCAAGUGAUAUGUGAGAACGCGGCUCGUCUCACGAUCUCUCCAUAUUAAGACUGACACUAUACCACGUAUAAUCACUCAGGAGACUACUAUGUUAUACUGAACACGUGCACCAUCCAGCGGUAUCGGUGUAACAUUUUUUCUGGAAGUAGUCCAUUUGAUUGUUGAAUGUAUAGUAAACGACAAGAGCGUUGCAAUGUAUAUGUCGUUACAAAAGACGACGCCGAACAAAUGUCACGUAGGUGUUAUGACAACACGAUAGCAUCUCUGCAUCGCAGGUUAGGUGAUGAGUAAAAGUUCAUAUUGUUUCCUGUUCUGUAGUAGUCCUGGUAGACUACCUCCCCACAGUAGUAGAUCCUACAUGUUGGUGAGUACUCAGUAUAUAACGCGACACAAAUUCAACACAUCCGGCUAACGAUCGCGAAGCGCACAUGUUCACCUGUGGUGACGGUCUCCCGGAUUUCCGCGCCCGGGAGACCGCUGUGGCUCACGCGGCAGUACGGGGUGAGGGACCAGGCUGUGAGGGCACAACAUGAACCGUAGUAACUAGCGUGUGGUGAUAGCACUGGUCUAGUCCCUUGCUUCUGACAUCAUUCUCAAUGUACGUACAGAAACAAAAAGUACUUGAAAAAAAUCAUAAAAACCGUAAAUCCGACACUGAUGAACUGACAUCAGCAAAUCAGAAAUUAAUUCGAAGAGACAAGAAUGUUUAGAUGAUGACAAUCAGAGAAUCUAAAUCAUGGCAGAUAAAAUCAAAUGUGUGAUCUCACUGUUGAUCAGUUUUAUCAUGGUAUGUGUUGAGCUUUGUGCUGCUGGUGACUGUAAAUGAAAUGAGAAGAUGAUAGCGCAGUGUUUUUAUAUAGGUCUUGCCAUUUGUGAAAAAAUGUAGCACAGAAGUUUAGAGUAGCACAAGUAAGAAGAAAAUCUAAGAAGAAAAUCUAUAUGUGUAUUGUAUUGCUGCCCACAGGGACGUUAGCGACUAGUAAGAUCUCUAAAAAAUCCCCAAGAGACCGCUAUUUUAUGACAAUAAGUUGAAUGCAUGUACAUUUUUAGCCUUUUAGAGUACCGCGUCUAUAUUCCCUUCCUCCCCGUAUUCGAUGUCGUUAGGAAUAAAUGCAAAACAAAUGGCAAUGUGAUGGAAAUGUCUGAUAACGUCUGUUCAUAACUAAGGUGAGAACUAGCACACUGACAUGAUGGCUCGUGUACGAUAGGUAGAUUGUGGUGUAGGUCUAUUUUUUCCUGUGAAGUAUGACUCAAAUGUACCGGUGUAAAGUAAGCAACAGCACAACUGUAUAAUGAUUUUAUCUCACGUUCUAAGCAUUGUGUAGCGUCACGACUUGAUGUUUUAAAGGUUAUUUUGUGAUUUAUUCAUUAUAUGGCUGGCGAAAAAAAGGCACAUGGAUUUCUGUUGCAUGAAGUGUAAACUAUGUAUAAGUGUCAAUGUACAAUGAUGUAGAGUUCAGAAGGUUCUAUAAUGUAUUACUUAUGAAUAGUCAUAUCAUGUAACAACAAUACCAUAGACUUCCCAUUGACCAAUGAAUAGCAAGCACGUCUAUCAAGAACCAACAUGAAGCCCUUAGAAACUUCAUCAAUAAAAAACAAGCAAAACGCUAA